AUGCCGUCCUCUAAGUAUGACGGCACGUCGGAUCCAGAUGAUCAUGUGGUGGCCUAUGAAGGUCAUAUGUUCCUGUACACGCAGGAGGACGCCAUCUGGUGUAAGGUCUUCCCAUCGACUCUGACCGGGAUAGGUCAGACGUGGUUUAAAAGUCUCAAACCAGGUAGCAUCUCUAGCUUCUCUCAGUUAUCAUCUACCUUCAGUACACACUUUGUAAGCAGUAGGCGCCGCGAGCAGACUAUCGGAGAGUUGCUUUCUGUUACGCAAGGUGCAAACGGAAGUCUGAGAGACUAUAUUGUCCAUUUCAAUGUUGAAGCGGUCUCGAUACCUAGACUGCAGCAAGAUGUGGCCGUGUUGGCCUUAAUGACAAGGCUUAAGGAAGGAUCGCCAUUUUUGGAAUUACCUGGGCCGGAAGUCUUAUACAUCCUUGGGUCCAGUCCUUGGCAAGGCCAAUGA